AUGAAUGAGCAAAUGAAAUCUGUCGCAAACCGAUAUUCUGGCAAGAAAUUAUCCACAGCGACGCGUGUGAACCCUCACCACAUCAUCAUUAUGGGCUUCUAUCGGACAACGUGCAAUAGCUCGCAUAUAUGUUUUUUUAUCUCCCUACUUCUCAUAUUAGUUAUCCCUACAUCUGCAGCAUUCGUUGAAUUCCGAAAUUGUUUAUCGCAGAGCACUAUUCAUGAUGAACCACUAGCACUUCAAUUAGUUCCUCAAUUCGUAAAUAUUUUUUUAAAUAAUUCCAAUCCAGACCACAACCUCAACGUUACUGUUUGGGUGAACGUUACGGGCUCUACGGCAGGCACUGAACCGAGACUAAGUUUGCCGCCAGCAAGCAACACAAGCUACUGGAAUAGCAAUGACACUGGAAUGGGUGGGAAAAUAGAGGCCGUACCGCUAUCAGAAACAGUAAACAAACAGACUACACUCGAAAACAAGCUUAACAUAUUGAAUUACCAGCUGAUAGACGAAUAUCUACCAUUCUGCGACAAAAUUGUAAACGGUGUUUGUCCUCUCGGCCCAAUUAUCGGCACUGAUAACCCUAAAAAUCCAAGCCCCUCUGAAUUUCCUUCUUUUGGAUUUUCACGUAAUCUCCGCUCUACAUAUGCUUUCACUACUCUAACAGCUACUUUUAAAGUGAGGUAUGGUGACACUCAAGCUACAGAAAUUGGUUGCGUCUCAGUGAACAUAACUCCUGAAAUUGGAUUCAGAAUAAACUACGUCUUGAGAUAUUUGCCGGGCCUUAUCCUAGCUUCUGUAGGCUUUGCAACAUCUCUGGCCGCCUUCUGGAGCCCAUGGGGUACAGUUGACAUAUUCCGAUCGAGUACAAACUUUGGACAUGAUCCCAAUCUACUGCGACUCGUUACACCGAGCUUUGGGGAUUGUUUGCAGUACGUACAGUUUGUUGCCUUGACUGGAGGUCUAACGAUCGACUAUCCUGGUUAUUACCAGCCUAUUGUCAGUAAAGUGGCUUGGUCGACGCUCUUAUUCAAUCACAGCUUUACUGGAGAAAAACUAAAACCAAACAGUCUCGUUGAUGGUAUAUAUGUCACUCAUAGAGGAUAUGGUAUGGAUAAAUUUUCCCAAUAUAUUGGUAUUGGAAAAAGCGAGGACAUUUGGACUGGAAUGACGGUGUGGCUUCUAGCUAUAAUUGCCGUAGGCUUGACGAUUACACAGGCAGGCUUUGCUUUUCGUUGGCUUAAACGAAAGCUCAAAAGAGAACAAAAAGAAGACUUACGCCCCAAAAACUUUCCAUUUUCGCUAGGCAAUAUAAUACGUAUAGUUUUCAGCUAUUUCUUGCUUCCGAUAGUAGCCUUAUCGCUGUUCCAACUUGCAGUCGCUCUCAAAUCCCAGGCUUACAUCGUUGCACUCGCCGUACUAAUGUUGGUACUCGUAAUAGGGUUCGCCAUUUGGAUUCUCAAGUUCAUUUUAUCAGCAAGACCGAAAUCAUUCUUAUUCGACGAUUUAUUCACUCUCCUUAUUUAUGGUUCACUAUACAACACCUACCGCGAAGAUGCGGCGUCAUUUGCUCUAAUACCUAUAGUGUUGGCGUUUGUCAGAGGCAUUGCUAUUGGUGCUUUACAGUUUUCCGGUAUAUCUCAACUUGUUAUUCUUGCGAUUUGCGAAGUUAUAUUUAUAUUGACGAUCCACGGAUUCCUACCUUUUCUUUCUCGCACCUCAAUGAACGCUUAUCACACAUACUUUUCAUUGGCCAGGCUUGUAACCAUUCUUCUCAUGUUCUCAUUCGCCCCAUCCCUGAAUCUUGACGAGCAGCAAAAGGGAUGGGUUGGAUACUCAAUCCUUGCAAUACAUGCAGCUAUCAUGAUUCUUGGAUUCUUUGUCAAAGCUCUAUGUACUACUUUGGAAGUCGUCGCUAGAUUUAGGGGAGUCCGCCCUGAUGUCCGGUCCAAUGGUGGGCUUGCUGAGGUAUUUGGCAUGCGGCAACUAUCGAGAAGGUUAACACGCCGUAAUGAUACCUCAAGGCAAAGCCAGCUUUCCAGUGCUAUGAUGCUGACCUCAGAUAAAAAGUUUUCCGACACCUUGAGCAAUAGGAGGAUGAGAAGUCAAUCUGGAGGAAGCAUUGGGGUUCUAUUAGCAGGACAAAACUUAGGUGUUGAUACUACUAUGGACCCGUAUGGGGCAAUGCCGCCUCAUCAGCUAGAACUUUGCCACACAUCAGGCCCUACAGGACCGAGAGAAACUCAAAUUUUAACUUUACCAUCGGUUCCGGAAAGUUCUGGAGCAACACAUACACGAGUCCCCACAAUAGGACUUGACACGUCUGAAAUUACAGACCCCUACUAUCGGCCACCACGUGUUCGCAGGUCGACUCUGGACAACUUUUCUCCGGGUGCAAAGAGCCGCGAGUCAUGGGGUAGCGAUAACGCUGUUAGUAGACAUCCUCUCGAGCAUAUUUCCAGCAAUGAUAUUCAGACUAUCGAGGACCCAACCAACCCUGUAAGAGACGGCCCGGUAUCCGCACCAGAUGAGGAAGGUGAAACUAUAGUGAAAACAAAGGCAGAUUACACAACUCGAGAAGUUGAUCUCUACUAUAGAGCUCGUGGUCCAGCACUCAAUAGCAAUGUACCUAAUAGAAGAAUCAAGACCGGUCCAGUUGAUCCAACUGGACCUACUUCAUCUAUUUCAGGCUGGCUCAAGUGGCUGGUUGGCCGUAAGACCAAGGAGAAAGGAAAGGGGUUUGAGAUAGUAAGGAGUUCACGUAUGCCACCUAGUGCAAUCAAUUACAAGAAUUCCCGAGAAGAAAUACCCAUGGAUAGCAUAUCACCUGCUACAGAUGAUCAAACCUGUAAUUCGACUGGAAUUGUAGAAGACGAGGCUAAGUCAUCAAGAGAACACCGAAGCUCCUUGACACCUGACCUUACGAACGACACUAUAGGUCAAAGAAUCGAUAGCCCAGUUAAUAAGGUUCUUACAGAUACACGCCCGCCAGCUAUGACACCAAAAAUUUCAAGUCUCGAAUUGUCUGGAAGUGGACUCGAUAUCUUAGGAAUAACGCGAUCAGUAAGUAGCCAGGCGACAAGCAAGAGCAAAAAUCAAUUUGCCGAGUCUACGCUCAGGUCAAUAGCAUCUCAGAACCAAUUAAUUAAUAAUAGCAACUCACUAAGUAAAGAUUUAUCUGGUAGAGCAUGA